CAAGUGUCAGGACAAGAAUUCCUCAGUCUUUCCCAGGGUUACACGAGCAUGAAGACCUUCACCUUUUCAAGUGCCGUUGUGCUAGCCACGAUGGUGGGCUCCGUGAACGCCCACGGCUACAUCUCGCGACCCAAGGCGUCGUACAAGCCCAACACCGUCUACACGACAUACAACGGUCUCACCAGCGCAAGCAUAAACAAGGGAUUCGCCGGUGGUGUCUACAACCAUGAGCCAGUGAACAACGCGAAGCAGUUCACACAGCACUGGAAAGCCACGGGAUACAAGUCCCUGCGCGAUAUGAUUGACCCCAUUUCUCCCGGCUACGGCUACUCGCUAGACACGGCGACGCCCGUAGAUGUGAGCAGCUACAAGGAAAUGUGGUGGCAGAACGACGAGUAUAAGGAGGGUUUUCUGAACUCGCACCACGGCCCCUGUGAAGGCUGGAUUGACAACAAGAUGGUCUUUCACUACGACGACUGUGUUGCUGAAUUUCCGUCGUACCCGGCCAAAAUACCCACGGACUACUCGUCGUGCAAGGGUGACAAGUGCUUGUUUGUCUUCUACUGGUUGGCACUCCACUCGCCGGAAUGGCAGAUUUACAAGCAAUGCGUUCCUAUUUCGAACGGAGGAUCUGGUGAAGUCGCAGGCGAGGCGUCAACAACGGACCAAACAACUCCUGAAGCUGCUCCUGCUGCACCCGAAGCGACACCGGCUGCUCUGACGACGGAUUUUACGAAGAUUGACUCGACUCCAGCUCCGGCAGAUACUCCUACCGUCACGAGUAACGAAACACCAGGAACCGGAACUAGUUCGUGCAAGCGUCGCAUGCGGAGCUAGGUCUAAGGUAAUUGAGACUUCCAAAUCAAGGUCUCGACCGUGCUAAAGCCAUAUUGCAUUGAAGUGGGGCUGGCGUAUAUUCUGUGCGUAAUAAAUGUGCUA